UUCAGCCAUCUUCUCUUUAAAUCGGUGUGCCUUCAGCUGUGUUCCGCCGUCGCCGUCGCCGCGUGUCGCCGUCUCAGAACCUGUAACCAUGCGUGCUCUUGCCCUCCUCCUGCUGUGCGUCUUUGGAUCCACGCUGGUUUCAUUAACCGUGGCCAACUAUGGAAUUGGUCCCGAUAGUUGCUGCUACCAUUAUUACGAAAGACGGGUGAAAUUCACUAAUAUCCGGAGCUACGAGUUGACGGAUGGACGCUGUUCACUGCCCGCCGUUAUUUUGCAGACCAAAGGCAAUGUCCGGAUCUGCGUGGACCCUGAAGCCGCCUGGGUCAAGAGUGCGAUGACACGACUGGAUCAGCGCAACUUCUAACGCCGCUGUUAAUGGAACCUGCUGGAAAUCAGCUUUAUACUGAGUCAGGCCCGCUUUAAAUUGAACGUUGUUAACUUUAAUACUUUCCUGUAUAAUAAAAAAUACACGAUGGACGAUAAUGCUUUUUUUUCCAUUGCUGCCCUUAGCGCUGGAAGUAGAACCAUGCUUAAUGUGUUCCACAGGGGGAAGAUAGACAGGAAUACGAUGGGUUUUUGAACUUAUAUUUGUUAUAGAAGCUACCUUUUGAAGUUAGUAUGGGUAUCCUGGCUGCAACCAGGCCUAAUGUUGCCUGUAUAGUAUUUACUAAUUAAUGCUAUUAAGCUUUACAUUUUUUGGGAUUUGGUGCAAUAAGUGCUAUCCUCUAUAAACUAUAGGCCUAUACGAAUACAGUGUUUUGGAAGCCUUAUUUUGUCUUCAGUAUAAAACCUUUUCCCUGUUGGAUAUUUCAGAAGAUUACAUCACAUUUUUGU